CUAGAUGUCACUAGAGUGCGGAGCAGUGUUCUCCAUCUGCGCAUGCGUCAGUGUUUUUCCCUCGGUAUUAAUUCUUUGGUUUUCUGUCUAAUUGUGGCAGAAGCGACAUCACACGGCACCGUCUCCCCUAAACAACAGGUAUUUUCUGCGGUGACAUGUUCGGGUGUGUGGUCGUAGGUGUCGGCAUGGCGGGCCGGGCCAGGAUCCGGGACCUGCUCGCGCCUCUGCCAUCCAGCGCCGCGGAAAUAUUCAAGCUUAAGGGCUUGGUGUCUAGGAGGACGCUGGAGGAGCAGCAGGAAGUCGCUCAGAUCCCUUUAGAGGAGGCGCUGAGCCGCAGCGAUAUUCAGGUGGCCUUCUUGUGCACGGAAAACAUCAGGCAUGAAGAAUGCAUCAGGCAAUUUCUCGAAGCAGGAAAACACGUGUGCGUGGAGUAUCCCAUGGCGCUCAGUUACAACGCAGCUGUUGACCUCUGGGACCUGGCGCAAAAGAAAGGUCUGGUCCUGCAUGAGGAACACAUCGAGCUCCUCACCCCUGACUUCAAGCAGCUGAAGAAGGACAUAGCUGGAAAACAGCUGGAAGAAGGCAGCCUGCAUUUCACAGGAGGCUUACUCAAGAGCGGGUUCGGGUUCCUGUCGUUCAGCGGGAUCGCCCGUCUCACCUGGUUGGUGGAUCUGUUCGGUGAGCUCAGCGUUAAAGCAGCGUCCAUGUCCGGGGAUCCGGAGAGGAAUCACGCAAAGAUGACGGUCCACUUAUUAACCAAAGAGCAGAAACCCUUGACCUGGACGGAGGAGCGAGCGGAAGGCAUGAGCCGCGGCAAACGGAUCCACCUGCGCUUCAGCACCUCCACCAUGACUGAACUACCGCCCGGGACCCGGGAACCCGUGGGUCUCUUUAUGCAGGACAUGGUGCUGUUCGGGAGCAAGCUGCAGGGAAGCGUGCUGCCCGAACAACUCCAGGCAGAGCAGAGUCGGAUCCUUCACUGCUUCAAGCUGGCGGAGGACAUCAGGCGUCUCUGUCAGGACACGAAAUAACCUACAGGGGAUAAAGACUUUACAGCAAAGUUUUUAAGCAGUAGAAAACUGUAUAAGGAUUUCUAUUGAUUAGUUUUUAUACAGGUGCAGUAUUAAAGAGAAGAUUAAAAAUGAAUUCCUUUUAAA